AUGAAUCGCACAGUUGGUCAUACUGCUAAACUGACAGUAUCAUUAAGAAACGGUUGCAAAGUAAAGAUGGCAGUGAGAGGUGGUGCACGAAUUCUCCUUCUCGUAAUUUUAUGUAUUUUCUUGUUAAAAUCGUGUAAUGGAGCCGCGACAGAUAUUGAAUUAGACGCGAAGGCACAGCUAUUGCACAGGCUCGAUAGUUUAAACCUUUUACUAUAUACAUUUUUAUUGAUAUUAACUGUUUUAACAAUAUGGACAUUUAAGCAUCGUCGUCUUAGGUUCCUCCAUGAAACUGGGCUAGCUGUCAUUUACGGAUUAAUUAUAGGAGCAAUAAUUCGUUAUGGCUUUACAACAAGUAGUACCAUUCUUCAUAUGCCCGUUGUGCCAGAUGCCAGCAGUAAAUAUAAUCAAUCAGUUCCUCCAGAUACGUUAUGGUUGCGUUUUCCAGAAGACAAAGGAGGUGGUGUUAUUAAAAAUAAAACAUUUGCUUAUUCAUUUAGAGGAGAAAUUUAUAAGCAAGAUAAUGAAAUAGAUUUGAAGAGCUUUGAUGUAUGCCUUUGUACAGUUAAUACCACAUCUUUCUGCUUCAUUUACAUUUUUGGAUACUUUGUAUUUCGGUGCAUUAAUAUCUCCUACGGAUCCACUGACAAUAAUUUCUAUUUUUAAUGAUUUACAUGUAGAUGUAAAUUUAUAUGCUUUAGUAUUUGGAGAAAGUGUGUUAAAUGAUGCAGUUGCAAUUGUACUUAGUGGUUCUAUACAAAAUUAUGGAGAACGUUAUCAAUCAGGUUCAGGUGGAUUUGAAACUGUAGCAUUUUUCCAAGCAUUUGGUGAUUUUGUUGGAAUAUUUAGUUUAUCUUUAUUUAUUGGUGCUACUAUGGGCUGUAUCACUGCUUUGUUAACUAAAUUUACUAGAGUUCGAGAUUUUCCUCUUUUGGAAUCAGCAUUAUUUGUUUUAAUGUCCUAUAGUACAUUUUUAAUUGCUGAAGCAUCUGAUCUUACAGGUGUAGUCGCUGUUUUAUUCUGUGGUAUUUGUCAAGCACAUUACACAUAUAAUAAUUUAAGUCCAGAUUCGCGUCAACGAACAAAACAACUAUUUGAACUUUUAAAUUUUUUAGCUGAAAACUUUAUAUUCAGUUAUAUUGGUGUUUCAAUGUUUACUUUCCCGAAGCACCAUUUUGAUCCAGGUUUUAUUUUUGCCGGAUUUCUCUGUGCAUUAUUAGGUCGCGCAGCCAAUGUAUAUCCAUUAUCUUUUAUAUUGAAUUUAGCGCGAAAACCAAAGAUAUCGUUAAAUUAUCAGCACAUGUUAUUUUUUGCUGGAUUACGCGGAGCUAUGAGUUUUGCUCUAGCCAUCAGAAAUACUGUAUCUGAUGCUCGGCAGGCUAUGUUAACAACGACCAGUUUAAUUGUAAUUUUGACAGUGAUUUUCCAAGGUGGUGCAACAACCCAGUUUUUAAGCUGGUUCAAUAUACCGUGAGUGCAAAAGAUCUGUUUAUUUAUUCUUUUUAUGAUUCAUUUAUUCAAAUAAAUUAUUUUCUUUCAGAGUUGGAGUAGAUGAAGAAAUAGAAGGACUAUCGCACAAUGGAAUGCGUAGUGUAAGUAUUAUAUUUUCAUUUUUAAUUAUUUACAGUUACUAGUUUCCAUUUUACAGAAAUUAAUAUAAGUAAUAUGAAACGGAAUUUGCACUAACAUAUAUAGUGUAUGGUAGAUUUUUUUUGUAUAUUUUGGUAUAAAUAAUAUAUAUUAAUAAUAUGUAGUUUAACUUAUCCAUUGCCAAUAUUUGUUUUAAAGGAAUGUAAUUCUUUAUUAUAUUUUGCAAUCUUUUCAAACUUUCUUUAUUAUCUUUUAAUUGUGUUGCUUGUUAACUUGGAUUUGUUAUUUUUAUUUUUUUGUAAAUAAUAAAUUUAUGUAUAUAUAUUACAAAUAUUGAAGCAGUGAUAUUUAAUUAUUUAGUACAUAUUCAAAUAAAAGGUAUAAAUUUUUGUUAAAUACAUCAAAUACAUCAAAAGAUGUCAAAAGCAAAAUUUUAAUAAGAUUAGAUUUUAUUAGAUGUUGAUCUUAACAUCUUAAUAGGUAUUUUUAAUAUUCAGAAAGCAUCUCUCUAUAUACGAAAAUAUGAUGAUUUUUAGUGAAUAAUCGAUUUUAUUAAUAAUCUAUAUUAUUUAUAAAUUAAAAAAUAUGUUGGUUCAUCAAGUCAAUAUUUAAAAUUAAAAUUUGAAAUAUUUUAAAUGUUAAAAAACGAUAAGAUUCUCAAAAUGAUAUUUACUCAUUAGAAUUUAUUUAUUUUAACACAUGUUUAUUUGCACAUUUUUAACUUAUUCAAAUUUUAAUUAAUAAUAAAGAAUAUCUAAUAUAAGUAAAUAGAAAAUAGAAACAAAAGUUUUUUUAAUUGCUGACUUUUUGGACCAUUUAUUCAUAAUAUAUAUAAAGUCAUUAAAUAAUUUAAAUUGUUCAGCAGUAUAA